GUUCUGAGAACCCUUUUGUCUCCGACAGUCGCAACAGUAGCUGCCGCCUGCCGAGGUUCGUGGUAGGCAGCAAUUGCACCACCUUGCUACCGGCUCGAAGAUGACAGCCUGCGGAAGAAAACAAUUGUUUUACACGUUUGUUGUACUAUCGAUGCUGGCCAAAUUGUGUCAUGCCUCAAAGAUAUUGGUGGUGGUUCCAACGGCGUCCAUCAGCCACCAGAAGCCUUUCCAUAUCUUAACAAAAGCUCUGCUUCAGAGAGGACAUGAAGUCACUCUCUUCACCACAAAUCCACUCAAGAUUUCUCACGAGAACCUUACGGAAGUCGACGCGUCUGUGGGAUACAAAACACAUGGCGAGUUCGACUUCGUUUCAAUGGCGUCACAGUCACCUCUGGAGAAUAUUCCAUUCGUUCGACAUUACGCAAAAACAAUAGUUCCAGCGCAGCUCAGCGAUCCCGCAGUACAGGACUUCAUCAGGAGGAACCACACCUUCGACGUGGUCAUCAUGGAAUGGAUAACUUACCAAGGCUACUACGGACUGGUACACAGAGUCGGUUCCCCACCUCUCAUAGGCAUGAUCACACUGUCGGCGUUUUCGCCUGUGUACUACUCAAUGGGAAAUCCCAUGAACCCUGCAUACAUACCCGAUGUAUGGGUGGGGUUCUCGGACCACAUGACCUUCUGGGAACGCGCGUACAACGCGCUCUUCUACCUCAGAUGCUAUUUCCUGUGGUACUCGGAAAAUUUGCCAGAGCAGGAGGUCUUCAUGAGACAGUACUUCGGUCCUGAACCACCUCCGGUGUACGAGACGGAACGCAACUUCAGCCUCCUCAUCAUCAACAACCACUUUACUAUGGAGUACCCUCGUCCGCACUUGCCCAACGUCAUAGAGAUCACCGGUGUUCACGUAGAGACGCAGACCAAACCACUGCCAAAGCGCAUCCGGGAGUUUAUGGACGGGGCAGAACACGGAGUGAUCUACUUCAGUCUCGGCUCCAAUGUCAAAAGCAGCGCUUUGCCGUGGGAGAAGGCCAAGGCCUUCCUGGAUGCCUUCCGGGAGCUGCCACAGCGCGUCCUCUGGAAGUGGGAGAAUGAAUCGCUGCCUGGACAGCCACAUAACGUGAUGGUCAGCAAGUGGCUGCCACAGCAGGAUGUUCUCGCUCACCCUAAGGUGGUCCUGUUCGUCAUGCAGGGAGGCCUCCAGAGUAUGAACGAGGCCACUUACCACGGUGUCCCGUUCCUCGUGAUCCCAUUCUUCUCCGACCAGGCGCACAAUGCCGCCAAGAUACAGCAGGCGGAGCUUGGCCUCAGGUUGGAUUUCCAUGACGUCACAAAGGAUACUGUGUUACGCAGUAUACGUGCCGUUUUGCAGGAUUCAAAGUACAGAGAGAACAUGAAGACAUUGUCAUCGAUAUUUCGCGAGCACCAAGUGGACUCUGUGGAGCGCGCCGUGUGGUGGGUGGAGUACGUGAUACGUCACAAGGGGGCCCCGCACAUGCGCAGUGCAGCCCUCGAUCUGCACUGGUGGCAGCAGCUGCUGCUCGACGUCAUAGCCUUCAUACUGCUCGUAGUGAUUGUGACUGGUGGCGGCAUCUUGUAUCUGGUUCGCCGAUUAUUUGUCACACUGAGAAGCAGUAAUCUGAAGCAGAAGAAACAUUAAUGUGUAUUCACAUGCAGCGAGAAGUACACUUUAAGGUGACCUCGUUGUCCACAUACACUGGUACUGAGAAUCAAGGACGUGUACAUAUAUCAUUGGGUGGGACGUAUUCCCUAAAAUCGUUUACAUGAUUAUGGCUCUCGUUCUGACUAAGCACUUGUGGCACAGUCCACUACACCUGUUAUCUACCACAUAUGUCAGUACACAAGCAAGCUGUUGAACUGGAGAUAUGGGUGUCAGUACUGACAAACACUACUGGGCGUAAAACACAAAAAUCAACAAAAAUAUAACAAGUUUCGAACUGAAGUUGACAUAGCAGGCUAGUAGUAAGAACUAAUAUCCCUUUAUUUGGACAUAUGUGAAAACAUAUGUACAUCUGUCUAACAAUUUGAUUUGUUUUAUUGCAUGGAGAAACAAAUUCUGUAAGAAUUUAACUUUUAUUAAGUUUAAUAAUACUUUCCUUUGUUAAUGUACUUUUGUUAUUCACUAAAUCCAGUAAAGUUUUGUCAUAUUUUUUGCUGCAUUUUAAUGACAUGAGGUAAGAGAUCAAAUGAUACAUCAUUAUGGCAGUUUUCUAAUAUAGAAUUCUUAGUUCGUAACUAGAAUACAAAAAACCAUGCUACGACAUCAACUCAGAUUCAUCAUCUCGUUCAUAUGAUUUGUAAUAUUACUAUUAUUUACGAUUACAAGGCAGCUUAUUGCAAACUUACAGUCAGAUAUUUAUUAAUUGUUGUUUGGGUCACACCCAUCCACAAACUGUGGAAUAUCUGGUAAAGGACAUGAUUUCUGCAGCUAAAAAGAGUGUUACCAACUGAAGUAGUUAGCUGUGUGAGGAUUUCCUUCUUCAGUGUAUUUAUAGUGAGAUGUGCUGGCGAAUACACACAACAUAAAAAGAUAUCUUCAUUUCACUCUAUUCUGUCGUUCCUAUAUUACUUUAAAGAAAGCAGAACACUUUAAAAACUACUGUAAAACAUCCUGAAUAAGUGCUUAUAACUCAAAAGAUUACUAAAGUUUCAGUGAUACAAACAUGUAACAACUUUUUGUACAAAAUAUACCAGUAAUGUUAAUGGGUGUACAACUCAAAAAUCAACAAAAAGAUUAAACGUUUUGAACUGAAGUGAACAUAGCAAGGUCGCUGGAAGAACUAAGAUCCCUUUCUUUGGACAAAGAAGAAGUAAAGGAAAUUGGCUGAAAUCCACAUAGUUAGAGGAAUGCAUAAUUGCUGAAGCAAAUGGCACUUCUCUAUAACAAUUGAUUAGCUGCUUCACAGCAAACUGCACAGUUACAUUCAUUAUAGCCGAUUUUAUUUUAUUUUAGACCAUGAAAACGUCUUAUUGAAUAUAAUUCGAAUGUGUGAUUGGUGCAAUCCAUCAAGCUAAAACACUGGUUGUGCCUCACAGUAUAACAUUUAAACGGAGAUACUUGACUUUCAAGCUAAUUUUCUCUGUUUGAUCUAUUAUCUGUGAGAAGUAAUUAUUGUUUUAAGUCUCAAUAACGUUUCCAGCAUGAGAUUUUCACUCUGCAGCCGAGUGUGAGCUGAUAUGAGACUUCCUGGCAGAUUAAAACUGUGUGCCGGACCGAGAGUCGAAAUCGGGUCCUUUGCCUUUCAUGGGCGAGUUUCAUAUUAGCGUACACUCCGCUGCAGAGUGAAAAUCUCAUUUUGGAAACAUCCCCUAGACUCUGGCUAAGCCAUGUCUCAGCAGUAUCCUUUCUUCCAGGGGUGCUAGUUCUGAUGGUAAAUUACUUGCCCACAAAAGGCAAAGGUCCCGAGUUCGAGUCUCGGUCCGUCAAACAGUUUUAAUCUGCCAGGAAGUUUAAGUCUCAACGACAUUGUAUGAACAGAUACUUCAGGACUGAUUGACUUUGCAUAAGUUAUAAAUUUUAUUUGCCCACAUGUAACAGUUCUUCUCCACAGCUGAGAAGUAUUACGAAAAAUUGUAUAUGAAUUACUUGUACUGUAAAACAAUGAUGUUCAUUCAACCAACUCUAAUGAUUCUUCUCCACAGGGAAGAAGUAUUGCAAGAAAUUAUGUGUAAGUUACUUGCAUUGUAGAGCAAUAAAAAUACUGUUCCUGCCCCAAUGAGA